ACUUGAUGAAUGAGCUAUCAGUGAGCUACAAAAACAGGACACGAUUGUAUUUCCAGAUGCGGUAUUGACGUCCGUAUUCUUGAAUCUGAUGGUUGACGUCCUUGUAGGUGGUGUUGUAGCUUCGGCUUGACAUGAACGCAGCGUACGUGUGGUGGUAACGUCGGGUGUGAUAUGUGCCAAACUGGGCAUCACCAAUGAUGUCUGCGACUUCCAGCAAAUCAACAGUCGCUGGGUCUUUUUCGUUUGACGGGGAUCCUGGAACCACGGAAAAGCGAGCACACCUUGAUCAUUACUAUUACUUUGUUAAAACCCAUCUGGUCUCGAAGCAGUCUGGGACGCUCGGCUUGUUCAGAAAGGGCAGCAACAGCUUACCAGUUGCGCCGGUUCGAGACAACAUCUACAAUGCUACCGCUCUCUGGGCGCUUUCUGUUGCCUACAGGUCGUUUGGCAAUGAUAAUGGCCGUGGCUAUGAGAUGCAGCAGAGUGCAGUCAAGUGCAUGAGAGCCAUCCUGAUCUGCUACAUGCAGAAUGCACAGAAGGUGGAACGCUUCAAGGAGACACAAAGCAAGGAUGACAGUUUGCCUGCCUACUUCCAUUAUGAGACCGGCGAAGCUAUCCUUGAUCCGGAGAGCGAUGGUCACUUGCAGAUCGAUGCUGUGGCUCUAUAUCUAUUGCAGUUGGCGCAGAUGACAUCAGCUGGUCUGCAGGUCAUCUUCUCUAUGGACGAAGUUAACUUCAUUCAGAACCUGAUUUACUACAUUGAGCGCUCUUACCGCACGCCCGACUAUGGCAUGUGGCAACGCGGCCGUAAAGAUGAUCCCAGCCGCAUGGAGUUGCACGCCAGCUCCAUUGGAUUGGUGAAGGCAGCACUGGAAAGUAUGAAUGGUUUGAAUCUGUAUGGAGCGCAGGGUACUUCACUUACUACAGCUCAUGUUGAUCCUGACGCUCAUCAUCGUAACAGCUCUACCCUGCAGUCUUUACUGCCCAGGGAGUCAAACUCGAAGGAAACCGAUGCCGCUUUACUUCCCGUCGUGGGAUUUCCAGCAUAUGCCAUAGAUAAGGAACUGGCCGGCACAACUAGAGAUAGAGUUGUCUCGAAACUGAAGGGUGUAUGUGGUUUGAAGCGUUUCUCACGUGAUGGUCAGUACACUGUACUGGAGCAGAGUUCUAAGGGAAAGGACGGCCCCACUGAACUAAGGGUUUAUGAUGGAGUUGAGUGUGAGUGGCCUAUAUUCCUCUGCUUCUUGGCCAUUGAAAAGUAUGGUAACGGGGAUGAGGCUGGUGCUCGCGAGUGUUUACAUCAGCUUGAUCGACUCUUGGACAAGGAUGGAGUGGUACCAAAGUGCUACGUAGUGGAGAAGCAGUUUGUGGAAUCUGAGCGCAUAGCGCCAGCAGCCCAGCAUCGACAAGCCCUGCAUGAAGAAGAGCCGUGGCUCUGGGCGCAGAGUCUCUAUAUCAUCACAUGUUUACUGAUAUCAGGUGUGAUAGAUUUGGCUAGCAUCGAUCCACUCGGACGUCACUUGUCGUCAUCACUAGCAGGCUAUCGGCCGUUGAAGCAGGAUGGUCUCAGGAUAGCGGAGAAGAACACCGUUGUGCAGAUAUCUCUUGUGGCAGAGAGUGCUCAUCUUCAAGCUCGCCUUGCAACGUUCGGCAUAGCCUCGCAGACUGUUCAGCAAGUUGAGCCAAUCAUUGUAUUGCCACAAGCAUCUCUUGUGGAUGCAUUCAAAGACCUUGGUGUCAACCCUAGACUAUCUCUGUCGGGUCGACCGUCGAGACCGAAAGGAGCUCUUGGAACCAGCAUGGUAUACCGAAUCAAGGGCGAUGUUGUCGUGUUUACACCUAUCUUUCUGGACCAAACAGAUUUCUACAUGUCCGCCGAUCUUAGCCUGUUGAUUGAUGUUAUCAAGGAUAACCUGAAGUUUAUCUAUGACAAUUGGAACAAGCCAAAGCGGCCGCUAAUGGUGCUAUUGCUUCGCUCCAAUUACGCCGCGAGUGGUGCCCAUGUUUCAGAAAUGAUUGAAAUGAUGGCAGCAUUUAAGCAAGGCGUCUGGGAAGGUGUUCCUGUCAAGCUAGGACGGCUGCAGCAAUUUAUUGCAACAUCGUUUGUGGAGCAGCUUGACUUCGUUAAACAGGAUGUCCGGACGCUUGCUCCAGCUCCCAGUUCUGUGCGACAACAGGUAUUGAACAGAACAUCACGAGUAUCUCUCUUUAACCCAGUGCGAGCUGGUACUGUAACACCACCACCACCACCAGCAGACCUCGGCGAGGAUAUUGAUUUCUCCAAGUUGUACAGCAGUGAAGAGAUCAUGGAUCAUUUCAACGAAAGUGUACUUGUUGUGACGAAGAUGAUGCUACUGAGUCGCCUGUUCCUCUGUCAUGGUCCCGGGUUCCGUACUCCGUUAGGGACGGUUGUUGAGGUGGUGAAAGGCUUGUAUGACAAAGCAUUGACAGACCAAGAUUGGUACAGUAUUCGCAUCGGUGCCAGUUUGCUGGGCAAGACCGUUGAUAGCUUAGCACCAUCCAUUACACUGAUGGUAGCUGUCAACCGACAGGUUUGUAUUGGUGUUGUUGGUCAUGAGGAACGUGUCAUUUCAGAGCCACUACCACCAGCUGAGAUACAGACUGUUCUGUUCAACAGUGUACGUCCACAUCAAGUAGCUGAUGCAUCUCUACAGCAAGAACUGGUGAUCUUCUUGGGAGGUUUUGUCUCAGGUCAGCCCAGCUUAUUUGAAGGAAUGCAGCGUAUUCACCUUGGUUGGCUAACGCAAGCAAUGAGUGACGAAUUGAAGAUGCCUGGUAGUGAAUACCAUGUCAAUAGUAUUUAUCAGCUAUCACCCAGUCAAAUCAAGCAGCUCCUGCUGGAAGUACUGAGUAGCCGGUAUCAGAAUCCUGAGAGGACUUGGCUGCAGCAGCGGCGUCGUGAAGGUUCUCUUAACCGGGUACCUUCUCACUUCUAUGAAAAAGUUUUGCAGGUUCUUUUGCAAAGUCAAGGCGGCCUCAGUCUCUACAAGUAUCACUUGCCGCAGGAACCGCUCGUCCAAGACAACAAACCGCAGGACAAGUCGUUCAUUCUGUGUGUAGAGGAGCUGCUCAGUCAGUCACCGUGUCCCGAGUACCGGCAGCUGAUUGUGGAGUUGCUGGGAGUGCUUGCAUCGCUGUUCGAGCGUAACUCCGAAGUGAAUGCCACUGAAACACUGUCCUUGGACAAGCUGUUGAUGAAGGCUGUGUCAAUGUACGCAACUGAUAAUGACCUGGAUACGGAGUCUAUGAAAAACGAAGCGCUGACCCUGGCCUUCGCCCAGUCCUAUCCACACGGCAAUCAAGGCACGACGGCCUACCUGCUACGUGCAUCAGUCGACCACUUGCUGCACAGUGACGUGGAUUUCGAUGCAAACAAAUGUAUCAUAAGCUAAUCGCCGAGCUUGCAGGGCUUGCUGCUGGUUGUGCUGCAGGCUAGUGCUAGUGCCACAUCAUGCAGUGUGCAAUCACACGCACAGCGUUCCUUUGCUUCUCCAAAUUUGUAUUGAGACAGGUCUGCAUGCUGCCUUACAGCAGUUGAGCCGUGAUAUUUUUUUUCAUAAAAUGAAAAUCCCACACCUUGUUCAAAAAAUAAUUAAUUCAUAAGAAGAAACACCCACAUGACAAGCCCCACCGCCACUGGCAGCAUACUGAUACUGUAAACUAGUCCUCCGCUUCAGUGAUUCUGUAGAGCCCCAUUGUUUGUUUGGUUUUUUACUAACUUUUUAGCAAUACUUGUCUUGUCCCCAGUUUUAUACCCGAUGACUACUUUGCACCAACCACUAUGUUUCAAUUUAUUUUCGUCGUCGACACACUCUAGGAUCUAGGAACGCGUGAAGAUUUUUUAAAAACAUGAAAUCCACGUCAUUCUCACAACCCGUGAAACAAAAAACCAAAAAAUCCA